GUGACGGACAACUUCUGCAGUAGCUGCAUUUAAAUUUGCUCUUAUUUCUUCUAAUUUUGUAUUUUCUACUUUUCCUACUUGUCCCUUUCUCCCUUCUGUUUCCUGACUUUCGUUGUCUGUCCUGUUCUCUUCCAGCUUUAUUAAAAUGCUUAUCCUGUCUCUCUAAUCUAUCCCCCUCCUUCCCUUGUCUUUCUGUCCCUCCCUCUGCCAAUCCCUCCCUCUCUGUCCCAUAACAGCUGCCCCUCAUUCCUUAUCAGGCUUCAGUUCUCUUUCCUCUCUGUCCUUAUCUUUCCCUCUCAUGCCCUUCUCACUGGGCACUACCAGCGUGGCUGCCCCCGGUCUAUCUCAGGAUACGUUGUGUGAAAGGGCUUGACUGUUAAACACAUGGGUAGCUCUGCAUCUUCCCUGGCAACAUUGGCAGAAUCAAGCCAUGGAUUCGCAGGUACUGCAUACCCUGGGCACUGCGUGCAGGGCUGGAACCGGAGUGGGGCUUGUGGGUAUUUAUGGCAGGGCACGGUCGUCCCUGAAUACAGAUCACACAGACUUCUGGACCCCAUGGCUGACACCUCCUUGUGUAGGCAGUGGUCGUGCUGUCGCUGCACUUUCCUGAAUCCCGCUGGACAGCAGCAUUGCACCAUUUGUGAAGCUCCCCGUCUCCCACCAGAUCUCAACCACAUCCUACAGCUCAGCUCGGCGGAGCAGCGCUGGUCCUGCAGCCGUUGUACCUUCUCCAACCUCACGCCCUCAAAUCCUUCCCCACCGACGACUGGCUGCCAGCUCUGUGGCUUCUUGCCACCUGCUCCCAUCUCGAACGGAAUUCUUCGACCGCCCCGGGAUGAAACGGUUUCACCUACCCAAGAACCGGAGUCUGGGGUAGCUACUGUUAUCCCUCCAUCUUUGGAAUCGCUGGGCUGGAGCUGCCCUCGUUGUACCCUUCAUAACACUGCAGUCUCCACUUCCUGUUCAGCAUGUGGGGGGCCACGGAAACUGUCUCUCCCCAAAAUCCCACCAGAAGCUCUGGUUGUCCCAGAGAUUGUUCCUCCUCCAGCUGCUUUCCAGGGCUCAGAGGAGUCGGCCACUACUGUUCCCCGAGAACCAGACUUAUCCCGGCCUCUCCCAGCACUCCCACUCUCUCCUGGACCACAUAAUGUGCCUGUCCCCAGGAGCAGGAGAGAAGUGGCACCCGAUAACCCAAUCUCACCACCUCCUCCUGCACCCAGCCUUGUCACAAAGCGCUUAAGUGUUUUGGAAGAGGAGAUGCCUAUGGCUGAACCCACUCCUACCUCUGCAGAAUCUACCAGUUCAGAGUCAUUUUGGAUUUGUGUAUCGUGCACUCUACGCAACUUGGGAAUUGCAAGCAAAUGCAGGGUGUGUGGUGCAGUGCGAGUAAGUGCAAGCGGAAGUAGCGGAAGUGGGGUAGAGGCACUCCCAUCACCCUCUAAUAUCAUAGGACCACCAGUCCCAGCUGCCCGCAGAGCAGAGUGGGCCUGUCCAGCAUGCACUUUGCUAAAUGAAGCGGGAGCUACACAUUGCGCAGCUUGCCACACACCCAAACGCUACCUUAAGCAGCAUCGCACAAAAGCAAGGAUGCUUCGACGUAGAGAAAGCAUGAGAGUCGAGACACGGAGACAAACAGAUGAAGGAGAGGCCAAGGAACUGUUGGAAAAUAUAGUCCGUUUCUGCCAGGAGAACAGGGUGAAUUUUGUAGAUGACAGCUUCCCGCCUGGUCCUCGAUCUGUUGGUUUCCCGGAGUCUGACAGUGUCCAGCAACGGGUUAAACGAUGGCUGAGGCCGCAUGAGAUCAACUCCAGCAUCUACAAGGAACGGGGGGUUAAUUGGACAGUAUUUCGCACUCCGCGACCUUCUGACAUCCUGCAAGGGCUUCUGGGAAACUGCUGGUUUUUAAGUGCUCUGGCAGUAUUGGCUGAGCGGCCAGAAUUGGUGGAGCGAGUGAUGAUAACGCGAUCGAUGUGCCCAGAGGGGGCUUAUCAGGUACGGCUGUGCAAGGAUGGGACGUGGUGCACCGUGCUGGUGGAUGACAUGUUACCCUGCGACGAGGCUGGUUAUCUUCUCUUUUCUCAGGCCCAGAGGAAGCAGCUUUGGGUGGCACUGAUUGAGAAGGCCCUGGCAAAGCUGCAUGGUUCUUAUUUUGCCCUUCAGGCUGGCCGAGCCAUCGAGGGGUUGGCGACGCUGACAGGAGCCCCCUGUGAGAGUCUAAUGCUGCAAGUCAGCUCCACUAACCCUCGUGAAGAGACCAUAGACACUGAUCUCAUCUGGGCCAAAAUGCUGAGCUCGAAAGAGGCAGGAUUUCUCAUGGGAGCAUCUUGCGGAGGAGGAAACAUGAAGGUGGAUGAUGCUGUUUAUGAAAGCAAAGGAUUGCGCCCUCGCCAUGCCUACUCCAUACUGGAUGUGAGGGACGUUCAGGCUUGUCGGCUUCUCCGAUUACGUAACCCCUGGGGACGCUUUUCCUGGAACGGUAGCUGGUCAGAUGAAUGGCCUAAGUGGCCGUCACCGCUGAAGAAUGAGUUGAUGCCCCAUGGGAGCAGUGAAGGUGUAUUCUGGAUGGAGUACAGCGACUUCAUCAAGUAUUUUGAUUCUGUGGACAUCUGUAAAAUUCAUACAGAUUGGCACGAGGUCAGAGUCCAAGGCACCUUCCCCAACAAGGCCUCCAUCCCAGUGACAGUUACGUCUCUCACAGUUGUGGAACGCACAGCUUUAGAAUUCUCCCUCUUCCAGGAAGGCAGCAGGCGAUCUGAUACUGUAGACAGCCACCUUCUGGACCUCUGUAUAAUGGUUUUCCGAGCAUCUCAUAGCGGUCCUGGGAAGGUGAUGCUAGGCCGACUUAUGGCGCACAGCAAAAGGGCAGUUAAGAAGUUUGUUGGUUGUGAUGUUAUGCUGGAGCCUGGGGAGUAUGCUGUGGUGUGCUGUGCCUUUAACCACUGGCAGACGUCCGUCGCCAACUCAACUCAAGUUUCCAGCCCCACAGGAAGUGGCAACAACAGACGCUCAGCUGCAGACCCUCUGGGCUACAUACUGGCAAUCUACAGCUCCCGUCUUGUAAUGGUGGAGCAGGUAGAAGCACAGCCGACAACGCUAGCGGAUGCCAUUAUUCUGCUGACUGAGGACAAGGGAGAGCGCCAUGAGGGUCGUGAGGGUAUGACUUGUUACUACCUGACUCACGGAUGGGCUGGUCUCAUUGUAGUUGUGGAAAACCGGCAUCCCAAGGCUUAUCUACACAUCCAGUGUGACUGUACAGAUAGCUUUAAUGUGGUGUCCACCAGAGGGAGUCUCAAAACUCACGACAGUGUCCCACCUCUGCACAGACAGGUGCUGGUCAUCUUGUCUCAACUAGAGGGCAAUGCUGGAUUUUCAAUCACUCACCGACUGGCUCACCGUAAAGCCAACCAGGCGUUACUUAAUGACUGGAUGUCUAGCAAAGGUACCCACAGCCCCCCACUAUCCUCUGAGGUGUCUGGCCUUCAUGGUCCACGACCUCUCUGACGCCAGACUACAACAGGACUAAAACUUGGAAAAUUAGCUGCUCUGCACAGGUAUACUGGGAACACUUUACAGACUAAACACUUAAUGAAGAUGACACUUGAAUACUACUCAGGACGUUGUGUGAACAGGCCUCUGUCUUCACACAUUUCUAAGUGAUUACUCUGUUAUUCUAGAAAACCCUCAAGGUAAACAUUAGUUUUUGUUAACUUUCCUCUUCAUCUUUUAAAAAAUCAGAUCUCGUUUAUAUUUGUUUUUUCCCAACACGCUACACAACAGGGUCUGUUUGUCUAAAACAUCUUGUUAAUUUUGUUAAAGCACUUUGAGAUAACUGAAUGGUUAAAAGUAGAAUACCAGCAUAAAAGGACACUAACCUUUAGGAAUGAACAGUGCUGUUAGAAGUCAUAUGAAGAAGUAUUGUGUGUGAUUCUCACUUUCUUUUUCACUUACUGUUUUUUGUUGUUUUUUUUUUGUUUUUUUAUUGAAGGCCAUUAGUGCUUAGACACUACUCUGCUAUUUUAUUUGUACAUGCACAGCCACCUUAUCCCAGGGAACAUAGAAUGUUUAAAGGGGCAUUCCAAUGUAAUCCUAAUAUUCUCCAAUUUGAUUUUAUUAUUGCAUUAAAUUGGUUUGUUAAGUAUGUGUUAAACGCCUGCAAAGUGGUUGAAAACCCUUGUUAUAGUCAUGCUCCUGUUUUAAUCCCGAGCACGACUUGUCCGGUGAUUGGAUGAUACAUGUGUAUGCCACCUCUUGAUUGGCUUAUGGGCUGUGUCCUCCCGAAGAAUGGCAGUGCAUUGCAACUCCUGAGCUGGAGUUUGAAUAUGUGUUUGCAUGUUUAAACACAUAGUUAAGUCAGAAUUCAUGCAAUAAUAAAAUAUUUAAUAGAAUUUUGUUAAUGUCCUUCUGUUUUUUAUGAUUAUUUUAUUUUGGUCGUCUUUGGGAUUCUGAUGUAGAAAUGGCUGCUCUUUCACAUCACUUGCCAGUCAUAGUUUGGAGAAAAGGUAAAUGUUAGGUUUCUAUUUAAAAUAUGUUUCCUAAGAGAUCAUCACACAUAAUGACUUCUUUAUAUGAAAUCUGUUAAUACAGUGAUAUUUUAUUAUGUACUUUUAGGUCUAAGUAAAUCAAGAACAUCCAAAAAAAAUGUAUAUGAUUAAUCUGCUUUAAGGUACGUUAAUUAAACUUCUUUUUCAAACAUAGAGCAGAGAACACAAAAAUACAUUGUUUUUUUAAUGGAAUUUGAAUUUAAUUAUUUUUCUAAGAAAAGAAAUUCAGACAAUUCAAUGGGCCAAGAAAAAUGUAAUUCUCAUCAGAUAGUUGGUAAAUUAUAACUUGACAAGAAAUCCAUAAAGAUGUAAAAAAAAAGUUGACUGCUGUUCAUACACUAAAUCCAGUGACAUUCGGAUGCAAUAAUUCCGCAUGUUAAUUCAUUACAGUUUGCAAUUGAUGUAUCACUGACCCAGAAAGGUGUUAAUCAUGUAGGUAACGUCCCAUUGGGGAGUACUUGAGCUCCCAAGUAACCAAUCGAGAGGGUUAUUAGCAAAAGCUACAAAUCACCAGACAUGCACUGCUGCUGUAUCUUCAGAUGGACUUUACUUAUGUGUUUAACCUCUUUGCAGGGAUUUAACAUUUAGAGUUCUUGAAGGUCAGCCGUGCAACAAUUGCAUCAUGUGACCAAUUAGACAAUGUAAUUAUUGCACUGUUCCUUUAAAGGGACAUAAAACCCAAUUUUUUUGUUUCCUGAUUUAGAAAGCACAUGCAAUUUUAAAUAACUUUCCUAUUUACUUCUAUUAUCUAAUUUGCUUCAUUCUCGUGUUAUAAUUUGUUGAAAAUCAUAUCUAAAUAGGCUCACUAGCUGCCGAUUGGUGGCUGCACAUAGAUGCCUUAUUUCUUCAAUAAAGGAUAUCUAAAGAAUGAAGCAAAUUAAAUAAUAGAAGUAAAUUGGAAUGUUGUUUAAAAUUGUAUUCUCUAUCUGAAUAAUGAAAGAUGAAAUUUGGGUUUCAUUUCCCUUUUUAAGGCUAUAGAAUCAUUUCUGUUGGAGGACGUAGCUAUAAUCAGCCCUCUAGAACAGUGUCAUAUAUUAAGUCUAUAAUGGUUUAUAAAGAUUUUUGAGUUUGAAAUUCAUGUUCAAAUGUUCCCCUAUCUCCUGACAUUUCAUUUUCAAAUUUAUUGGAAAGACACAAUGUCUGUAUCAGGUGACAACACGGCCGUCUUGUUUUUUUUUUUUACUUGAUGACUUGGGCUUCCAAUUACUCAAGGAUUCCCAAGCACUUGCAUAUGGUACAAAACCAGUACUGGAUUCUGGGAUAUCAGAUUGCCGCUUUAAUAUUUCUAGUCUCAGGGAAACAAGGGCUUGUCAUCACUUCCUGUCCCAGACAGGAUACCUGCUUCUUGUGUGCCCCUUUCUUAUUUGUUCAACUAAAAAUGCAUUAUUUCUAUUGUUUUGUAUUGAUGUAUACGUGACGAACUGUAAAUCACUGUACAAAAGACACCUGCUAUAGUAGGGGUGGGAAGAGAAGUUAAAAGGACAUAAAAUGCUAACAUUUUCAUACUGGUAAUACAUAAAUACAGUGUAUAUAUAUAUAUAUAUAUAUAUAUAUAUAUAUAUAUAUAUAUUUAUCCAGAGAGGUAAAAGCACUCACAGUAACACCUUUUGUAUAUGAAUCAAUCUAGCUUGCCCGGGGUGCUUUAAAGAUAUAGCAUAUUCAUCCAAAAGUAAAAAGCACUCACUGGGUCUUUGUAUAAACAGACAAGUUUAAUGUGACGUUUCGGGGUUGCCCCCGUCUUCAGACAACUUCUUACAGACAGAAUACAUAACUCACCCUUUAUAGCCGUGACCCACUCCCAAAUGUGUCCCUGACGAUGGCGUACCGGAAGUCAGACAGCCGCGCUGUGAACCACCGCGUCAUCGGUUGUCAUGGCAACCAGGACACCCAUCGGCAGUCUAUAUGUGAAAGUAAAAACAACACUGCAUAAACGCAAUGACAGGAGUGUGUGUGACCAAAAGUUCCAAACGAUUAUGGCAGAAUUACAUGGAAAGUAGCAACAAUGUUUGAAGGGAAUAACGAAAAAUAACAAAAAAUAUUUACAUAAACAAAACUGGCUAAAAACUGGCUAAUGUCCCAUUAAACUUGUCUGUUUAUACAAAGACCCGGUGAGUGCUUUUUACUUUUGGAUGUAUGUGUAUAUAUAUAUAUAUAUAUAUAUAUAUAUAUAUAUAUAUUUUACCUAUCUAAAACAAAGAAGUGCGUUUUUAUGUCCUGUUAACAUUCAUAGCCAAGAGAGAGUUGACUUUACUGGAUUGUACAUAUUUCACUCCUGGAAACUCCAUCUCUAGGAACUUAACAGUUCAGUAAAACUAACUUUAAUUUGUUUUUGUUUUUUUACCAGUCAUUAUACUUGAUCUUAUAUUUGCGUACAUGGGAUAUAACUUGUAAAAAGUGCUGCAUAAAGUAUAUAGCUAAAUUUCACUUACGUUUAUUUUGAUAGUGUUUAAUGUCUCUGCAUCUGCUAAUCCCUGUCAGUACUAGUGUCUAUUUUUCAAGGCGAUUAAGUGAAUACUUUCCGCAAAUAAAAUAAUAAAUUCUACAUAAAAGUGUACCUCCAACCUCUAAUCACGAUACAUUCUGUUUCUACAUAGUUUGUGUAAAACCGUCCUCAGAAGAUUGUGAGCAAAAGAGAUCUGAUGGCUAAAAUUUUGUUCUUGGCUCAAAAACCUAUUUGUUUUUUUAAUUUAAAUUAUUGACAACAUUUGUAUAUUCCCAUCCUAGGAUUUGUAUUUUAAAUUGUCAAUUGCUUGUGUACGGAUAUGGAUACAUGCAUGAAUUUGCGCAAAUGUUUGCAACCCAUGUGGCAUUAAAGGGCCUUAGUUUGUUUUCCAUACAACACAAUUGCAUAAAGGGAUAAUCAGACCUGCUGUAAACUUAAUUCCCUUCUUUCUCUCUGUCUACCAGAUCUUGAAAAUAUUUGAAAUAUUGUAUAUAUUGUUCAGAUGUAAGAAGUCAGAAUGCUAUUUUAUCAACUUAUAUACUCAGAUUGUAUAGAUAGAUUAACUUCUUUUCUGCCAGAAGGUCCUGCAACAAUUGUGAUAUAUAGUAAAUAGGUUGCAGGCCCUUCUUGCAGAGUAGUGGUUAAAACAUUUUUGGAAGCGCUGUGCUCCCAUCUCAGGUUCUUUCGGACCAAAUAAAGAUUUUGUUUUUUAAAGAAA